GCAAGAUAGCAUGCCUAUGACAUCGAAGAGAAGCCGGAAUCACCAUGGACAGAGGAGCAGAUGAACUACACAGAGUGUAUUCGCAAUAAACAAGUGAUAUUCGCAGAUGUAGGAGGCAGGACCGGACCGCAAAUUUAGUUGCCGGCUGUACAAGAGAUUGGGAAGCAAGAGGCGCAGACCGACGGUCCAGGCUUCGAAAAGAGAGAUAAAAGCGUCGAUGAUUCGAUGAAGCAUGAACUUGGGCGCAGAGUUUGGCAUCCCACCGAAAUGGGCGACCAGGACAAGCCCCCAGAGCUGAAUCGCGGCGGCCAAUUCCGAGAUCGAUUCCCAGCGCGUCGCCAGAGAAUGGAUAUGCAGAAUGUCGUUGUUGCUGCAGAGCAUUCGAGACUCGUGACUACAGUAGCUCGAUUAGCUUGAUAUGGUGUGACAGCACGUGUUUCCUCCAAUCCACUUCUGACGAGAGAGUGACCCAGUACAAUGGGGCCCUGGGCGUACAAGAUUGUCUUCUGUCCCUUUCGAGACUAUGCGACCUUCCCGUUUGCUCUCUGACAUUCUACGGCGACUCAUGGACACAAAUGCGCCUCCCGGGACCGACGCCGUCGUACUGGUGCUUGAUGCAAAAUCUGUUCAUCUCUCGGAAGCGCCAAUGGACUGCCAUGCCUCGGGAUGCACCGCCAGACAAUAGCUUUGCGCCGUCAAAGCUUGCGUUGGCUUCCUUGAGUGCCUGUGUCUGAAUCCACCACUUUGGCGUUGGGCGCUUGGUGGCUGUGAGCCGUGGCACUGUCCUGGUGAGGCAGCCGUGCAUGGCGAAACGCUGUGAAAACACGAGGCAAAGCAGUUCACCUCUUGCCUUUGACCAUGUCGCAAGCCGAGAGACAACAGGCCGACCAACGAAAGGCGGACGAAGAGUCUAUCGAGCGCGAGAGGGCUAGCGGGAACAAGCUCUGGAGUGCCUACAUCUCCGAGGCGCAAAACUACGAUCAGGGUCUCAUUGAAGGCUGGCGCAGCGAGAUGGAUGGUCUACUGAUCUUCGCCGGUCUCUUCUCGGGAGUCGUCACCACAUUCAUCAUCGACAGCUACAAGACAUUAAACCCCGACUCGAGCAGCCAGACUGUCGUGCUGCUCAGCCAGACCGUCGCACUGCUCAGCCAGAUAUCGCACCAGCUCGGGAACCCGAACCAUAGCACAGCGGUGAUGGACGCUCUCCCUCCCCCCGCUUCCUUCUCACCCUCGAUCUUAUCACUUGUAUGCAACGCACUCUGGUUCACGAGUCUCGCACUGAGCUUGUCGAGUGCACUCGUCGCGACACUCGUCAAACAAUGGGCGCAGGAGUACCAGCACCGGACAUCGAUGUUCUCGUCUCCCUCUGUCCGUGCGCGCGUGUACAUGUAUCUUUACUACGGUUUGCGCCGCUUCAAUAUGCAUGCCGUGGUUGGCGUUCCCCCUCUCCUGUUGCAUGCGUCACUGGUCCUGUUCUUUGCGGGUCUGGUGGCGUUUCUUGUGCCCAUCAACGUCAUCAUCAUGGGCAUCUCUUCCGCUCUUCUGCUCCUGUUCGUGUCCAUCUACGGAACAUUCUCCGCCCUUCCGCUGUUCCGUCUCGACUGUCCGUAUCAAACGCCACUCACACCGAUCCUCUGGUCACUGAAUCAGAGCUUGAGAAAUAGAAGGGGGACUUCUCUUCCAAGGGCAGUGGCUGUUUGCGAGGCCUUUUUUCGAAAGCGAGUCGCUGAGCCAGAUCUAGAGAGACCCGCUCAAUCUACUGUGAUGAACCCCGCAACCUCUACCGAGCCUUCUACACCUGCAGAGACCCGUCCGCAGAGCCAGAGCAUUGUGGAAGCCCUGAAGUCGGCAGCACUGCAUCCUCCUGUUGAGACGGAGACUCGGGCACUCGCGUGGAUUGUCCGGUCUCUUUCUGACGAUGACGAACUUGAGAAACUUGUCGAGGGGCUCCCCCAGACGCUGUGGGAUUUCGAUCGAAACAAGCCUCGUGGCGUGUAUCAGGCACUGUUCAAGAGGUUGUUGCAGGAUCCGCAAGUCCAUCUUGGCCAGCGUCUUGCUGAUUUCAUGGCUGGCUCCAACAGCAAUCUGCUUGAGGACAAAGUCCGCCUGCGCCGCCAGCUGUCCGUGCUCCGGGCCAUCUGGGCCAUAUGCGCGUUUUCUCUGCACACCGGGUCGCCGCUGCAAAGUCCGAUCGGAGAAGCCGACAUGAACUAUCCACUGAUCGGCUCAAAAUUUCUUGAUUCUCCUGGCGUGCAGAGCAUGGUCACUGACGUGUCUGCUCUGAUCCGUCUGAACAUGAUCGAGUCUCGGAGUCGGGGACGGGCCUCGAUACAGCCGAGCAGCUCAGACGGUGAUAUUCGUGCCCAACGCCAAGCGGACAUACAGCAAACGUAUGUGGAUUAUCUGGAAGCACUUUCCAAACGCGCUACCAGCUUCCAGCGGGAUGUGACCAAUUCACUUCUCCACUGGUCACAAAUGCAGUUCACGGAAGCGGAUGGCUACGAAACUCUGCGUUCCGCUCUCUCCCGGCUAAUCCAAUCCAAGUCAGACGAGACAGCGAACAAUACCGUCUUUGCUGCUCGUCAGAUGAUCAACGCGUUUGCCCAGACAUCAAAUUAUUCUGAUUUGUUCUUGCCGGGUCUUGGGCCGUUCCUCAUCCGAUAUCCCUCCCUCGCCGCCUCCGACCAGAGGUCCGACUUACACCCCGCUUCAAAGCAUCAUUACACCCGAUACCUGUGCCACCAGCUAUGCAGGAACUUGUCAUGCGGAAUUGAUCCCCAGCCAUCUGCCGACGCCCUCCAACUGAUUUAUCGGAAUUUACUUGAGUCCAAUAUGCCACCGAGAGACCUCGAUACCCAUGUUCGGGUCCUCCGUACUCUGCGGACUCAAGCAGCUGAAAUCCCUACGCACCGUUUGGCUGCCAUUGUCCAUUCCGUUGUGCUCAACAGUUUCCUGUGGGAUUUGUGCGGAUGGGAGCAAUUACCGAGCAUCUUCGACGACGAGGAGUGGUUCCGCGCCGUGAUUGGCCUUGACAACGAUGAACGGACGGAGCGGCCGUCGGCUCAGCUAGUUUACGGCUGUGCAUACGUGGGUCUUUUCAGCACGUUCUUCGAGCAGUGUACCGCCCAGAGUCCGAAUCAAACUGAUCAGGACAUGGACUUGGCGACGCUCAAACUGGUACAAUACAGAGUCGCUAACAUUCGUUCGGUGAUCCCGGUUGAGCUGCAAAAUCGAUUCGCCGACGCCGCCUCUGCAUUCAUUCGCAAAUAUCCAAAGGACUGUCUUGCGGAUGAGCAUGUGUUCAGCGCGGUGCUUUACUCGGCCGUUGAUGAGCACGACGGGUAUAUCACCAAUUUGGAUGCAUUGCGCGUCCUGGACACGGCUGUGUCGGAGGUGCAGGCGGACAAUCAGCAGAAAUCACACCGGGACAAUGCUCAACGGAUCCGCAGAUACAUGCAGGCGCGGCUCGAACGGAACUGGGAACGGAUGCAGAAGCCGCUCCUUCCUCCGGAGGACAUUUUUGCCGCCUUUAUCCCGCUCAUGAGUGACGCGGUGUGA